AUGGAGAAACCCCACGCCCCUUUUGACGGACUGAGCGCAGCCCACCUCCCCGAAUUUGAAAAGGCGGCUCCGGAGCCCGAGCCUGGCCGCGUGGGCGCUCUGAACAGCGUUGGGCAUCUCUGCCUCGAGUCGGGACCCCGGGCCCAGAGGCGCCGAGCCCCUCGCCCUCGUACCCGGCCGGAUCGCCGCCCCCCACUCCCUUCCCAGGUCUCCGGGGCUCCCCAUGUCUCCCCCGUUCGGCGGAGCGGGGCGCCGAGGGGCGAGUCCUUAGUGGGCAGGCUGAUUCGUGUGGGACCCCGGCCCCCUGCCCGCGAUGAAGCUUCCCUCUUCCUCCCCUGGGCGUGCUGCCUUUACGGCUGUACGGUGGGCACCGGCUUCCUCUACCCGUACCCGUCCGCAGCCCUGCAGCACAACUACCAGGAGCACGGCCCCGCACCUCCGGGCAGCGGCUACGCACACCGCCGGAACUGGUGCCAUCAUAUCGUGACAAAGAUGGUUUCGUGUCAAGUACAGAAUGGGUCCGAAACAGUGUUCCAGAGGGUGUACCAGAGCUGCCGAUGGCCAGGACCAUGUACUAACUUAGUCAGUUACAGGACCCUGAUCAGACCCACCUACAAAGUGUCUUACCGGACCGUGACAGCUCUGGAGUGGAAAUGCUGCCCUGGGUUUGCUGGAAGUAACUGUGAAGAGGGCCAGUUUUCUGUCCAUUCUCCCCGUGGACAUCCAUAUCACCUACAUCCAACAGUAGCAGGAACAGAGACAAUCAUGAUGUCCCAAUCCCCCAAGACAUACAGUGUGUCAGAAUGCAUGAACUGCACCCGGUUGAACGACAUGACUGAGAGGCUGUCUGCGCUGGAAGUCAAGAUUCUUCUUCUGGAAGCCGCUGGGAGUGUGGUGACUUCAGAAAAUGACAUUACCAAGACAACCCCAACCUGGAAUAAAGAUUUCUUACCGGAUGCCAUCCCACUGUCUAAUCCUGGGACUGUGAGGAGGAACCCUUCAGGACCAGUCGGAUUUGCCAGACCAAUGGGACCUCCAGGACCUGCGGGCCCCUCAGGGCUCCCAGGGCCACCCGGACCAAAAGGAGAAAGGGGCCAGAUGGGGGAGAUGGGCCUCAGGGGGCCGCCUGGGCUCCUGGGGCCUCAGGGUCCAAGGGGACUUCCUGGAGAGACUGGGCUCCCUGGGCCUCCUGGGCCUCCAGGCCCUCCUGGCAGCCCUGGUCUUCUGCCCCCACUCCAGCAAGGGGUUUUGUAUUCGCUCCAGCCCACGGGAGAGAAAGGAAAUGGCGAUUCCCAGUUGUCUUCUACCAUAAUAGACACCAUCAUGGCAGGGAUCCCUGGGCCUCGGGGCCCCCCUGGCCCACCAGGACCACCUGGACCCUCUGGACCCAAUGGCCCCCCAGGUCCCAUGGGAGCUCCAGGCUCCCAGGGCGAACCUGAUUCAAAAGGAGUAGAAAAGGGAAAAGAGAGUGAGGGGGUACAACAGCUUCGAGAAGCCCUGAAGAUCUUAGCCGAGAGGGUGCUGAUUCUGGAGCACAUGAUCGGAAUCCACGACCCGCUGUCUUCCACUGAACCAGGCUCUGGACAAGGUGGAGCACCAGGCCCUGCCUUACAAAGCAACAAGAUGAAGCGAGGGGGCCCCCUGGCCCCACCCCAGCCGUACGACACCAUCUCUUCCUUGCUGGACAACAUCGAACCCAGAAGGAACAGUAAUGACAGCAGCAGCCUGAAAUAGGAGCCUGUCAUUCCCUAGCACAUACCUGUGCCCCGAUUAAAGAUACAGUAUCUCUCUGUGGACAAAAAUGCUCACUGGGUGUUGUGGGGCCGGGCUCUGGCCCGCCAACAGAGGUCAUCUUCUCCCCCUCUCCCGCCUAGGGCUGGCAGGAGGUUACUCCUGAGGGAUUCCAUAAGGGUGUGCUGACAGCCUCGUCACUGGUCUUUCCCAGGCGGGGGCACUAUGGGCAGAGCGGCUUCCCCAGAGUCCCACUAAAAUGGGGUUUCCCCGGUGGUCCGGCUCUCUCUCAGUGCCUUUUGAGCAAACCAAGCAGGCAAAACUAGAAGCCUGCUCACAGCAGCUUAGAAUAGGAGCCUGGAGCCCUUUCUGGAAAGGCCUGACCUGUCUCCAGUGCCCCCACUCCCCAGCCUAAGGCUUCCUCUGCCCUCAGCACACCCGGGACCAACCCUAGACCCACUCCCCAGAAGAAACGUUCAUUCUUAUAGCUCUGCUACCCCUUUUGUCCUCAAUGCCAUGCUCUCUUUUGUCACCCCAAGUGAAAGAGGAAAACAGAAUGAAACAUUAUGUGCCCGUGUUCUGUGAACAGCCAGAGGGAUACAGAUGCUCAUGUGACCCAUCAAGCAAGCGAGUAUUUAUUAAGCACCUCGCGUGUGCAAGGCCCUGUGCCUCCGCCCCCUGCAUUAGCUCUCCCACUUUGACUCAGAGUCGCACUAACCGCAGCAAGGCCAGAAGUCAGAUCAUGGUGAAAACAGGCGCUGAGCUGGGUUGGGUGGGCGCUCCUGGUGCUUUCCCAGUAAUCCGAUUUCUUCUCUUCCAAUGUGACAUCUCAAAGAACAAACAGGCCUCCCCUAAGUUCAUCUCUGUGCCCAACAAAGCCUGUCUAGAAGCCCAUCAUGCAGGAGAUCAACACCUUGGAGAAGCAAGCUCCCAAAACAAAACAGUCUCCCUGGAGACGGUCCACCAGAAGUUGUGGGGAAGGGGCAGCAGUAACUGAAAGGACAUAACCAGCCCAUCAGCAGCGCCCACCACUUGGUGCCCCUUUGACCGUGACCAGUUCCCUUUUAAAGACUCCAUCUCCACUCCCAAACUGGGACGACCGCUUGUUUCUGAGGUUUGGUGGUUGGGUUCUUCCCUCAGGCCUCCAGAGGGGAGAGGCCCAGCUCGUUGAAUCUAACUGAUCUAACAGCUGGGUCUAAAACAUUGCCUCCCAGCUGAAGUCACUCAUCGGACCACUUUCUAAUCAGAAAGAUGUUACCACCCAUGUGACUUCAGUUCCCUGCCAGCCAACCAACAAAGGAAGCUGGGAGUCCUGAGACAGGAUGAAAGGUGAGUGGAGGACAGAAAUUGGAACCAGCUUACUUACUCCCUGAAUACUAUGCUUAAUUCAUUUCAGCCUACUAAGAUAGUUAAACUGGUCAAGUUCUGUGAGUGAGCAAAAUCCCAUGCCCCAAAUCCCCAAAUCAGAGCUCAUCAGGGUGGCUGGGGUGGGCAGAAAGAGGACGAAGCAGUAGCUCCAGAGCCGGCCCUGCCAGCCCAAAGGGCAUCGUCACCAUCUUCAACUAACUCUGUCUUGCCAAGCUGUGAAGAGGUUGCUUAAUCCCAAACACAGCAUUUCCUACUUCAACAAUUUCCUACUUGUAUGGUACUGUAUCUUUAAUUUUGGUGCUAUUAGAAACUAAAUUUUGGUGGGCCUUCUCUGGACCUACCCAAUCACCAGCCCUUAGGAUAAUAAUCUCUCCACCCAAAGUAACUUUCCUAGUCCAAAUAGAACUUUCAAGAACUUGUGUCUUAUCUUACAAAGUCCCAUGGACAGUGACUAACAGCAGGUACGCCAAAUCUGCCUCUUUGCUUUAGGCAGCUAAAUGAGAUCCCUGUUGGCUGGACCUUUAAUUGGGGUUCACUGCAUUUCCAUGGGGGUUCAUUUAAAGGUCUUUUUCCAUCUCUCCAAUGUCACAUCACCAUGCUGGUGCCUUCUGCAGCUUUUUGGAUUUUCUAAGAUCACCAGCAUCCCCUCUCCCUUCCCUUUAAAUGACUUUUCAGUUUGGUUUAUCUCACUGAGGGAAAAAUGGAAAAAAAGAAAAAACUCUUUUCUUUGCAUCAAGCUUAGAAGUGAGCUGAUUCCAUGCUGGGCUUCCUUCCGGUGCUAGGCUCCAGUAAUGGAAUUCUCAAAUCCUGGUGAGACUGAAAUUAAGUGUGGAACACUUAGGGAAAAGUUAUCACAAUGGCGUCUUCAGAGAAAAAGCCAACUCCAUCCCGGAUGUAUUUCCCAAUGGAUCAGGGAAGACGGCUGGCUUUACUGGAUGGAAAUUCUAGUCCAGAAUGAUUCUCCUUGUUCCAACAGCAUUCCAUGAUGCUGAUUUUAUAGGCUAGAAGAACCACCUCCUGGUUUCUAUGAUUAUGGUGAAGUUAAUUAAUCACAAGUCCUAUACAAGUCCAUGGAGCACAUUUCUAAGCAUUGAAGAAAAUGCUGGUAUUACGGUUCAGUGCUAAUUUUUAGACUCUCUCUUAUUUAUGUUGGUGUGUUAUGUAUGCAUAAGUGUCCCUGCUUUCUGAAUUUUACUAUAUGCUCUAACCCUUUCAUCUACACAUUGCAAUUCUGUGCAGGCUCUCAAAGGAAAACACUAGCUGGCUUCUGUUUUUUGUUUUAUUAACUCACUUUAACUUGGUUAAAAUUGGCCGCGUGGCAGAAGAGUGGCAGCGUGGCCAGGCCACCAGUGGAUGGCGACUUGGUUUCCCUAUGGUGUUAUGAUUCAUGUUAUUGAUUUCUCUCUCUUUGCUUUGGUGUUGUUGGGUUGUAGGGGACAUCUUGUACUUGGCAUUCUUACAGAGCGGUGGGACCACCAGUGCCAAGCCCACUG